GGGAAGAAAAUUAAAAUGGUUGAUGGACACAUGACAGCUGAUGGGACUCGCACAGUGUGUGGUUUGUUUUUCUUUCUAUUAUUACUGUGUACAACCGCAAAAAAAAUGCAUAAACCUUACAACUCAAUAAAUUAAACAAUUAGCCAAUUAAAAUUCUUCAUCAGGGCACACAUUCAUUUCCCCGUUUUCUAUUAAAAUCGCACGCACAAAUGUUAGUUCAAAUGUUAUUCAAUGACAAAACAAAUAUGUUUGAUUUUCGUUCUGUUAAUAAUUUUAUUUUUGUUAAUAUUUUCGUUGAAUUUUUACUUUUUAAACCGGCUAAAUAAUGAUCAACUAAACGGCAAAGAUCACCUAAAAAUCGAUAAACCAACGUAUGUUCAAGGCUUAAUCCGACGGUCAGUGAAUAGUUUAAAGCCAGUGUAUCUAAACAAAAAUCCUCGAUUCUACACCAUUCGCAAUAAAUUGUUAAAGCAUCUAAGUCCGGCACACUAUGACAAUGUAACCGUCGUUUGGGAUAUUGUCCACUGGUGGCCUGACGACAACGAAAUUUAUCCUCCAAAUGAUGCAACAAUGGGACAGCUGAUACAAGCAUUAAAAGCGGAAAAAAUUGUAUCCGCCAAAAAUUCACCGAAAGGAACACAAUUGAAACUUCUACUCACAUUGGACGGCAAUCAAAAAGUCAUUUUCAAACCGAAAUGGUAUGAACGAAAUGCCAUUAUUGAUGGGCCCGUUUAUUCCGGAAAGGAUCGUUUCAAUGCGGAAAUCUUUGGUUUCUAUUUAGGAUCAUUACUGAACAUGCGAUGGACACCCGUGGCGGUCGGACGGAAAUUGAAUAUGAAAGAGAUUUUCGAUAAAGCUGACAGACCAUUGAGACGCACGAUGACUGUUAAUGCGGUGCCAAAUGAAAAUCGAACCGAAAUUUGUGUGUUCGGCAAAUGUUUUUACUGUAAAGAAUCGGAGCCCGUUUGUGGUGACGAAAAUGGUUACCUCGAAGGUGUAAUUUUACAAUUAAUUCCUGGCUCUUUUGCGAAAUACCGAUCGCCGUGGCAACGCACCUACAAAGACAAUCAGAAGGCUGAGUGGGAAGACAAUAUGAACUAUUGCGGUUCGGUCAAAGAAAAAUAUACGCAAACGCGGCUGCUUGAUCUUGUCGACGCUUCCAUAUUCGAUUUUAUUCUACAAAACGGCGAUCGACACCAUUACGAAACGCGGAACGAACGGAUCGUACUGAUUGAUAAUGGCAAGGGAUUGGGCAAUUCCAACUACGAUUUUCUCGAUAUUUUAGCUCCAUUGUAUCAAUGUUGCAUAUUGAGAAGGUCGACCUGGGAACGUUUGCUAGUUUUCUCCGGUGGAACGUUAACGGAAUUGAUCGAUCAAAUAAGUAGAAUGGACGAUAGCUAUCCCCUGUUGACACCGGGUCAUUACAAAGCCGUCAACCGAAGAUUUCUGCUCAUUUUCAGUGCUGUUGAGUUUUGCUUUCAAAAGUUUGGUAACGUGGCUGUCCUCAAGUAAUAAUAACAACUGGUGCGAUUUCAGUUCUGUGCCAUUCAAUCGAAAAAUGUUGUAAAAUAUGUAGGUAGGAUAACCUUUUCACUUAAAUAAAUUGAACAGUUGUUACAGUUGACGGUUGAGUG